GAACGCGCUGCGGCGGAUACGGCAACUGAAGAAGCGGAUCAAUCUGAGCGAACGUGUAGUGACAUGAUCGCGUCGAUUGAGCUAAUCAAGAAAGAGACGCAAGCGGAGCUGAGCAAAGCGAUGCCUGCUUUGGAGUUAAGGCGCGCCUUAGUUACCCUAUAGUUUGUUACUCCAUCUUCACAGAAGGCAUCCUGGGAGAGACCUUUUCAAAGGGAAAAAGGUCCCUGGAAAAUGGUCUUCAAUAAAUAGGAUCCGGAUGAAUUUCACCAGUAGAAACUUCACGCUCCAAUAGAGGAAGCGAAUCGAUCGCUCAGUAAACUGAAAACCGAUCACUUGCGAGAAGUGCGGGCGUUCUUCAAUCCACCCAAUGGUGUACGCAUCACGAUGGAGGUCCUGUGCCAGAUUUUUCAGGUAUAGGAGAGUUCGUCUUCAACAAGAACAUGAUCUUCAUCUUCAUGACCAUCUUGUUCAGAAAAGCGGACUCCUAGUAUGGAGGACUCCAACGUAUCUAUACCUUAAAUACCAGACUCCAACGUAUUAAUUCGUAUACUUCAACUACAAUGUACUCCUACUUCAACAACAACAUCCACUCAAUUGAAUGGUUCUGGUAUUUUUGGUAUAGCCUGAAUUUGAUCCGAAGGGAAAACAAGAAGAGAACCCCCUUUGGAUCAAAUUCAGGCUAUACCAAAAAAACCAGAACCAUACAUCAAUAGCUCUGUUCGUCUUCAGAUUCCUCCCGUCCGUCGCGCUGUGGAUACCGGUGAACAGCAAGCUCCUGGGAACAAAGCAGGCGGAUCUUCUAGGACUGAGUUGGAUUACUGGGAAGCAGCCCAAAAGUCGGUGCUGGCGGACCCUAAGAAGCUUCUAGACACCUUGAUGUCGUACGAUAAGGAUACGUUUGCAUCGGACAAAAUCGUCAAAAUUCUCGAACCCUACAUGAAACGAGAAGACUUUGAACCG